ACAUUGCGGCCAUGCGUCCAUUGGAUUCCCCUGCGGGUCACAGGUCCCUGCCGAGACAAAAAGAUCGGUCGGUCGUUCCGGCUCCUUCGCCGACCGCCGCCGCCGCCUCCUCCUCUGUGAAAUCUCCGUCCCGAUUUGGUUCCCUUCCACCUCCUUAAUGGAAGAAGAGUAGAUCCUCUCGAUCUCUUUCUUGCCUCCCGGUCCUUCUCCGCCCUUCGGGACACGAAAUCCCUUGCCGUGGACCAUUAGGGUUGUUGUAGUUUACCGCUUCCUCCUUGAUGGGUCGCUCCCGCGCCGUGCAUAAUUCUGGAGAUGACGAGACGAAUCAGAGAUCGAAGAGAAGGAGAGUUGCUUCAAGUGGAGAGGCUUUGGAAACUAUAACAACAGGACUAGGAUCAAGCGAAGGGAAAAAAGUUUUGUUUCACUGCAACUAUUGCAACAAAGACAUUUCAGGGAAGAUCCGUAUCAAAUGCACAAAAUGUCCUGAUUUUGAUCUAUGUGUGGAGUGCUUCUCUGUUGGUGCUGAAGUUACUCAACAUAAAAGCAACCAUCCAUAUCGAGUUAUGGACAACUUGUCUUUCCCUCUUAUUUGUCCAGAUUGGAAUGCGGACGAGGAAAUACUGCUUUUAGAGGGGAUUGAGAUGUAUGGGCUUGGGAACUGGGCUGAGGUUGCUGAACAUGUUGGUACAAAGAGCAAGGCACAAUGCAUUGACCAUUAUACCACAUCAUACUUGAACUCGCCUUGCUAUCCUCUUCCAGAUAUGUCUCACGUUAAUGGUAAGAAUCGAAAGGAACUCCUUGCUAUGGCUAAAGUACAAGUCGAGGGAAAGAAAGGUUAGUUUUGGUUUCUCUGAAUAAAUCAAUUAUUUAAACUAGUAAUUGGGUUCAUACAACGAUUUUGUUACAAUUCUAAUAAGUUU